UUUUCUCAGUACUGACAAGACAGAAAAUUAUGGGGAAGGAAGGAAGAAAUGAAGGAAUCGAAUCUCCAUUGAUAAACCUCGGGGAGGAAGAGCAUGUGCAAGUGGAUGUCUUUGCAGAAGUGAAGAAGCAGUUGUAUUUAGCAGGACCCAUAGUACUGGUCAAUUUGUUGAUAUUCGGAUUGCAGGUUAUCUCAGUCAUGUUUGUGGGUCAUCUUGGCGAGCUUCCUCUUUCUGGUGCAUCCAUGGCCACUUCCUUUGCUACUGUUACUGGCUUUAGCCUUCUCGUUGGAUUAGGAAGUGCACUGGACACUUUCUGUGGUCAAUCCUACGGAGCCAAACAGUAUCACAUGCUGGGAGUCCACACACAAAGAGCCAUGCUUGUUCUGCUUCUAGCCAGUAUUCCCCUUGCCUUGAUUUGGUUCAAUGCAGGCGACAUACUAGCAUUUUUGGGCCAGGACACAGAAAUCUCAGCCGAGGCAGGGCGCUAUGCGCGGUUCAUGAUCCCCUCCAUCUUUGCCUAUGCCCUCUUCCAGUGCCUCAUUCGGUUCUUGCAGGCCCAGAAUAAUGUCACCCCAAUGGUGUUCAUUGCUGGCUUCACCACAUUUGUCCACAUUUUUGUUUGUCGGGCUUUGGUGUUCAAUUUGGGGCUUGGAAACAAAGGGGCUGCCUUGGCUAAUGCAUUUUCAUAUUGGAUUAAUGUGCUCUUGUUGGGAAUCUACAUCAGAGUAUCACCUUCUUGUAAGGAGACUUGGACUGGGUUUUCCAAGGAGGCAUUGAAAGACGUCAUGAAAUAUCUCAGGCUUGCUAUUCCUUCAGCAGUUAUGUUAUGUUUGGAGACAUGGUCAUUUGAAAUGAUGGUUAUUCUAUCUGGACUUCUUCCUAAUCCCAAACUAGAGACAUCAGUCCUCUCCAUAAGCCUUAACACAUGUAGUCUGGUAUAUAUGAUACUAAUGGGACUAGGUGCUACUGUGAGUGUGAGAGUGUCCAAUGAAUUGGGAGCUGGAAGGCCACGAGCAGCUCGUUUCGCAGUUCGCAUAGCAUUAUUAUUGGUGAUUACAGAAGGAGUAGUGGUAGGAACAAUAAUGAUAGUGGGGCGCAGGAUAUGGGGUUAUUGUUACAGUAAUGACGAGAAAGUAAUAAGUUAUGUAGCAGAAAUGUUGAUCUUGUUAGCAUGCUCUCACUUUAUUGAUGGGGUUCCGUCCAUACUUUCAGGCACGGCUAGAGGAUGUGGAUGGCAAAAGAUAGGAGCUUUUGUUAAUUUAGGAGCAUACUAUCUUAUUGGAAUACCUUGUGCUGUAUUACUAGCAUUUGUCUUUCACUUUGGAGGGAAGGGACUAUGGGUUGGAAUCAUUGUGGCUCUAUUUAGUCAAGGAUUGAUCCUUUCGAUUAUCACCUUGUGCACUAAUUGGGAGAACGAGGCAAAGAAGGCCACCGAUAGAGUAUAUGAUACAAGAAUACCCAAAGAUUGUCAAAUAUCAACUACAAUAUUAAAUUCCUAUGCUCAUGAGUAUGAUAUGGAUUAUGAGGAGACUUUUGUACCUGUUGCAAAAAUGACAUCUAUAUGGGUUCUUAUUAUAGUAGCUUCUGCUCGUUGUUGGUGUAUUUCACAAAUGGACGUUAAAAAUGUUUUUUUGAAUGGGGAUCUUCAAGAGGGAGUCUACAUAGUUUCUCCACCUGGUGUUUCUCAUUGUCCAGGACAAGUGUGCAUUCUUAAGAAGGCCCUAUAUGGUCUUAAAUAUGCCCGAGAGCUUGGUUCGACAAGUUCUCCUCUAUAG